AUUAAACUCUCUCUCUCUCUAUCUUUCCUUUGUUGCGUAUGGAGAAGAGCUCUUUUGUAUGAAAAGUCAGCUCCCUCUCGAGUCUUGAUCUCUUCCAUUGCUUCGUUCCCAACAAUUCUCUCCCUCAUCAUAACUUUGUUUUUGAGAAGAACAAAAGAAUCCAACAUCAGCCUUCUAAAACCACAUCUUUGCUCUCCUGCUCCUAAUAAUCAAAACCCUUUUUUUUCACAUUUCAAUCUGUUGCGUAUUUUUCUUUGGUUUUACGGUGAAAUCUUAACUUCCUCCAUCUACUUAAUUAAAUUAGAAGCCACCCAAAUACGAAGGCCAAGAAUUGCAUGCCUUGUAGUUCUCUUUUGGAGCAGAUUUAACCUCCCAAUACUACUACAAUAGGGUUCAAAUAACAUACUUGAACUUGAAGCUGCAGCUUUUGCCUUAAGAGUGUACAUAUAUCAUGUGCAGCUUGUUCGUGCCAAUUACUAGGAUGGAGAAUUAUCAAGGUGAUUUAACCGACAUACUAAGAGCUGGUACAACUACUGCUAACGUUGGAGCUUAUCCGUCUGAUCAUCAAGAACCUCACGCCGACACGUGGCACUUCCCAUCUGAUCAUCCCAUGAUAUUUCCAUCAUCUUCAUCAGCCAUGGAAGAAGAAGAAGCUAAGGACAACUUUGGCGAUCCAUUUUCGUCGUACAUGCGCGAUCCGCUUCUUAACGAGCUAGACAUAUCAAGCUCCAGCCUUUUCAGCAGCCCCAGUUGUACAGCUCGUGUGGAGGAAGGUGUCACAACUACUACUUUUGGUGGCGGUGGCGGUGGCGGUGGCGGUCAUCAUGUACUUAGUCUUGGGCAUCACAACCAUCAAAGUGGUGUUGUUGUGGUUGAUGGUGAUCCAAUAAAGAGGCCUUGCAACAUAUUCUCACAGAUGCUACAGAUCUCUCCAAGUGCAAAGGUACCCAUGUCGCCGUGUGAUUCGCCGGUGAUCGGUGGAGCAGUGUCGUCGUCUCCUAGGGGGAUAAAAACCUCACCAGAUUCUGCUGCCAUGAUUGCAAGCGACAUGAUUAUUAAUGCGAACAGCUCAUCAGCAGCAAAAGGUUGCUUGCUCGCGAACACCGGGAUGCAGAUCUCAUCUCCACGGAAUCCGGGGAUCAAGCGAAGGAAGAGCCAGGCAAAGAAGGUGGUGUGCAUUCCAGCGCCAGCGGCUGCAAACAGCAGGCCUACUGGAGAAGUAGUUCCGUCUGAUCUGUGGGCAUGGAGAAAGUACGGUCAGAAACCCAUCAAAGGGUCACCUUUUCCAAGGGGCUACUACAGAUGUAGCAGCUCAAAGGGUUGCCCAGCAAGAAAACAAGUAGAGCGUAGCCGGACGGAUCCAAACAUGUUGGUAAUCACCUACACUUCUGAACACAAUCAUCCAUGGCCUACUCAGAGAAAUGCCCUAGCUGGCUCAACCAGAUCCCAGCCAUCCAAAAACGGCGCCGCCGCCGCCUUGAAAGUCUCUCCCAGUAGCUCUCAUCAGGCUCAUCAAAAGCCAACUAGCCCAACAAAGGAAGAACAAAAUGAGAAUAUGAAUGAUGAUAACCAUGUGUCUCCAACAGUUAUCACCGCUGGAAGUAAUUCAACAGUGAAGGAAGAAUUUGAGGGCAUUGAGAAGCAAUUAGAGAUUGAUCAUCAUCAGCAGCACUUAGGGUUUGCUUAUAGACCAUCAAUGCCUAACGAGCAGUCCAACCAGUCUCACCAUCCUGAGGACUUCUUUGCUGAUUUAGGAGAAAUUGAGGCUGACCCACUAAACCUCUUGUUUUCACAAUGUUUCUCAGCGGAUGAGCAGCAGCAAAAGGGAGGCAAGGAUGCAGCGCCCUCAGAUCCAUUCAAUCUCUUUGAUAAUUGGUCAGGAGAUCACAACACCAACAAUACUUCAUUUGGUGAAGCUAAGAGGCAGUUAUAACAAGGCCAAGACUAAUCACCAUGAAAAAAUAUCAAUCAACCCCUAUACUCUUUUUAAGUUAGUUUUUGUUCUUUCUUUUUGGUGGUGCAGUUUAAAACCUAGUUCUUGUGGUUUGAAUUGAGUUUUACAUGUUGGGGUGGGGGGAGAUUCUAACUUUUCUACCUUUUUAUAAGUUUUAUAAUUCUGGGUUCUUGUUAUUUACCAGAAUCGAGUCACGGAUUAGGGAAAGAGAGAUGAUGUGAAAAGAAGAAAGAGAGAGAGAGAAGGUAGUUGGUUGAUUCGCAGCAGAACCAAUGAGUCCCACAUUCCUUUUGGAAUUUUAGUGGAUGGGACAGAAAGCUGAGGAACAGAAGGAUUCUACAGUGGAAACAAGAACAUCCAUCAGAGACAUGACUGGAAAGCUCAGUCUCAGUGAGUGAUCGAAGAGAUUGAUAUGAAGAUGGGACUUGCCUUUAUUAUUCAUCUUUUAAAGUGGGAGAAAUUAUUCAACCAGAACCUUUGUCAUGUGGGUUGGUACUCUAAAAGAAAAAAAAACCAAACUUUUGUUUUUAUUGUUUUUGGUAAAGAGAGAGAAGGAAAAAAACGAAACAAAAAAAUUGAGAAGAUGACAAAAGAAUCUAAGGAAGAAAGAAAGAAUUACUACAAAACUCUUUACCUUUCUUAUCAGUCUAGUCUAGGGAUGUGUAAUUAUGAGAUAAAACACAUGCCUUGGGUUCCUCAGCUUUCUGUAUCUUUUAUUAUCCAUUUAAGUUAUGUGCUUACUUUGGAGAUUGCUUACUUAAAGUGUAUUACUGUUACUUAAUGGAAUAUUAGAUUGUUCAUUACUAAAA